CUUUCUCCCACAGGGCCACAAUUACGUUUCCCACCCAAAACCCCCAUUUUACUUUCUCUAGAAAAGUGAGAGAAAGAACAAGAAUUUGCAGGGAAUUUGGAGGGGAAGGUGGUGGUGGUGGUGUGUGGAAGGAAGGGGAAAGGUUAGCUUGAUAAGAAAAAUCACAAUUUGCUUGCUUGCUGUAUGUCAGUGGUGAUAUACCGCAGUGACAAUUACUACGGUGGAUACGGUCAGCUUGCUAAUCCUUUGCAAUGGCCUCAACUCAGGAAAAAGCGACGCCUUCUUUCAUUGACAGUACCGACAAGAAGAGCAGCCACACUUCUGCCACUUCUCCUGCCAGUUUGGUUCGAAAGGCAGCAACAGAAGUUUUGCAGAAUUGGAACUUUGAGGAGUCGGAAGCCUCUGAGGAUUCUAUCCGGAAGAGAGCUGCAGUGGCGGCCCUGAUCCGUCCUGUCGAUCCGCUCUCCGAUACUACUAAAACUGCUUCCAAUAAAGGAAUCCCAAUCAUGACGAGGGCUCAAACUUGCCAUCCUUUGGACCCUUUAUCUGCCGCUGAAAUUGCUGUGGCAGUGUCUACUGUUAGAGCUGCUGGAGCAACCCCUGAGGUUAGAGAUAGCAUGCGUUUUGUUGAGAUAGUUUUGGUGGAACCGGAUAAGCAGGUUGUUGCAUUGGCAGAUGCAUACUUCUUUCCCCCUUUCCAGCCAUCAUUACUUCCCAGAACUAAAGGUGGACCUGUUAUUCCUACUAAACUGCCUCCGAGGAAAGCAAGACUUGUUGUUUACAGCAAAAGGUCAAACGAGACAAGCAUAUGGAUUGUUGAACUAUCUGAAGUUCAUGCUGCAACUCGAGGUGGCCACCACAGGGGUAAAGUCGUUUCAUCCAAAGUGGUUCCAGAUGUUCAGCCUCCCAUGGAUGCUACCGAAUAUGCUGAAUGUGAAGCUGUAGUGAAGGACUUUCCUCCAUUUCGGGAGGCGAUGAAAAAGAGAGGCAUUGAAGAUAUGGAUCUUGUGAUGGUUGACACGUGGUGUGUUGGAUAUCACAGCAAUGCGGAUGCUCCCAGUCACAGGCUUGCUAAACCGCUUAUCUUCUGCAGGACUGAGAGUGACUGCCCCAUGGAAAAUGGUUAUGCUCGUCCCGUAGAAGGGAUUCAUGUGCUUGUUGAUAUGCAAAAUAUGGAGGUGAUUGAGUUUGAAGACCGUAAACUUGUUCCCCUUCCACCAGCUGAUCCUUUGAGAAAUUACACUGCCGGUGAAACUCGAGGAGGUGUGGAUCGUAGUGAUGUGAAGCCAUUACAAAUUAUUCAGCCAGAGGGUCCAAGUUUUCGUGUUAAUGGGCACUUUGUUGAGUGGCAGAAGUGGAAUUUCCGAAUCGGUUUCACUCCCCGGGAGGGUUUAGUUAUAUAUUCUGUCGCAUAUGUUGACGGCAAUCGAGGUCGUAGACCUGUGGCUCACAGAUUGAGUUUUGUUGAGAUGGUGGUCCCUUAUGGAGAUCCAAAUGACCCACAUUAUAGGAAGAAUGCAUUUGAUGCAGGGGAAGAUGGCUUGGGUAAAAAUGCACAUUCACUUAAGAAGGGUUGUGAUUGUUUGGGCUAUAUCAAGUACUUCGAUGCUCACUUCAUAAAUUUCACUGGAGGUGUUGAAACUAUUGAGAACUGUGUCUGUCUGCAUGAAGAGGACCAUGGGAUUUUAUGGAAGCAUCAAGAUUGGAGGACGGGCUUAGCAGAAGUUAGACGGUCUAGAAGGCUCUCAGUUUCCUUCAUCUGCACUGUGGCUAACUAUGAAUAUGGAUUUUUCUGGCACUUUUAUCAGGAUGGCAAGAUGGAAGCUGAGGUCAAACUCACUGGAAUACUUAGUCUAGGAGCUCUGCAACCUGGAGAAGUGCGGAAAUAUGGUACGACAAUUGCUCCUGGAUUAUAUGCUCCUGUCCAUCAACACUUCUUUGUUGCACGAAUGGACAUGGCAGUUGAUUGUAAGCCUGGUGAAGCAUACAAUCAGGUUGUGGAGGUGAAUGUUAAACUUGAAGAACCAGGGAAAGAUAAUGUUCAUAACAAUGCAUUCUAUGCUGAAGAGGAACUUCUCAGAUCUGAAUUGCAAGCCAUGCGUGACUGUAAUCCUUUUAGUGCCCGGCAUUGGAUUGUGAGAAACACAAGAACUGUCAACCGUACUGGGCAGCUAACAGGUUACAAGCUGGUACCUGGCACUAAUUGCUUACCACUAGCUGGUUCAGAGGCGAAAUUCUUGAGAAGAGCUGCUUUUCUGAAGCAUAACUUUUGGGUUACACCUUAUUCAUCUGAUGAAAUGUACCCUGGAGGAGAAUUUCCGAAUCAAAAUCCACGUGUAGGAGAGGGAUUGGCCACUUGGGUGAAACAAGAUCGAUCACUAGAAGAAACUGACAUAGUUCUUUGGUAUGUUUUUGGAGUCACACACAUUCCCCGACUGGAAGACUGGCCUGUCAUGCCGGUGGAACGAAUUGGUUUUAUGCUUAUGCCGCAUGGGUUCUUUAACCGCUCCCCAGCAGUGGAUGUCCCACCGUGUGCAAGCGAUAUGGAUCUCAAAGAUGCCGGAAUUGUGUCAAAGCCAAUCCAGAAUGGACUACUUGCUAAGAUUUGAAUGUCAUUUGCAACGGUUACAAACUUUUGAUUUCAAGUUUGUCAAAUAAUCAAGAAGCCAUUAUCCCAGUUCUUGGCUUUUAAUUUAUCUAAUAUGAAUAAAGUAUCAUUUGUGAGAGCAAAGAUUGUAUUGUGUGAUGUAAUUUAUUUGUAAUCCCAUGAAAAUGGUAUGCGUGCAACAGAACUUUUGCUUCAAUAGGAUUAUUUGAUGCUGUUAUUGGGUUUUAA